AUGAUGUGGAUCUCACUGUCUCCGACCGGCCGACUACACGAGCGAUUGGUGGUGCUGGGGCUGGCACUCCUUGCUUUCCACGUCAAUGUCGCGGUUCAACAACGGGAUCCGAUAAACAACUUUUGUCGACGAUGGGGUCACCAGAGUGCUGUAGUCGACAACAAGCUAUACAUUGGAGGAGGUUUGGUCACAUAUGAUGGUGGUUCCGGAACACCAGAUAAUUUCUCCAACCCUUACUUUAUCUAUCAUGACCUGAACUCUGCCGCUAGCUCGGGCAUGCCUCAACCGUAUGCCAAUCUCAGCAAGAACUCGACAAUUCCCGACGUCAGUGGUGGCAUCUUCUGGCCUGAUGAUGUUAACAAGUACAUCUAUCUCUUUGGCGGCGAGUUCUAUGACGAGAAACCAUGGGAUUUCGAUCUCUACCAAUACGAUAUCAUCAACAAUCUAUGGCAGAAUCUCGGGACCCCGAGGGACAACGACAUCGUCGGACUGAGCUACGGAGCUGGCGUCUCCAUCCCAAGUCGAGGCGAGGCCUACUACUACGGAGGAUGGAUGAACAACGCGACUGUCCCGAAUUGGGGAGAUGCACCCGAAGUGCCAACGUCCUACCUCCUCCGAUAUGAGAUGGACUCUGAGAGGUGGACUAACAGCACUGGACCCGACGAUAUAGGCCGAGCAGAGGGCGUGAUGGUUUACGUCCCAGUCGGAGACGGUGGCAUGCUCGUCUACUUUGGUGGCAUCCGGGCGACUGGAAACAACAGUUGGGAAGCACAACCGAUGGAAGAGAUCAUGCUCUACGACGUCUUGAGCGGAAAGUUUUAUACCCAAAACGCGACUGGCAAUGUUCCCGAAGUGCGACGACGAUUCUGCGCAGGCGUUACAUGGGUGGAAGACCAAUCCUCAUACAACAUCUACCUCUAUGGAGGCGCCGGUGAGGAAGAGGGCAGCAUCGGCUUUGACGAUAUCUACAUCUUGACACUGCCGACCUUUGAGUGGAUCAGGAUGUAUCCCACCGAUACUAACAAGACCGGGAGCUUCCCCCAUCACAGCUUUACCUGUAACGUCGUCAACGAGGCUCAGAUGUUUGUCCACGGUGGCUUCUUCCCGCUCAACGACGUGUGCGAUGUCCCGGAUCAAUGGGGUCUGCACCUCAUGGACCUGGGCAGACAGAACAAGAACAAAGCCCCAUGGGACCUCUAUGAAGCCAACAAGACAAAAUAUGUUGUCCCGACAGAUAUCAUCAAGGUCGUGGGAGGGAACAAGGACGGCGGAGCAACCAAGACAAAGCCGGCAGGUGGCUUCGACCAUGAUGAUCUCAACGCCCUCAUGACGAGAAAGGCAUCAGUCGCAUCGCGGACCCCGUCACGAGAGAUACCGGGUGGUAACGGUGGAUCGAGUGAUAAGCUCUCGACUGGGGCUAUUGUUGGUAUUGCCGUCGGCGGAGCAGUUGCUGUUAUUGCCGCCCUCGUCGGCGUCUUCUGCCUCGUUCGACGACAUCGACGACGAAACACCCGCACCGGGUCUCAACAGGCCAUGUCACAGCCGUAUGACUAUCACCAUCCCGCCCAUCCUUCGGUCAGCUCGAACCAGUACUCUCCGGGCCCAUGGAGCCCGCAGUCAUCUACCUUUAACCCUGCGAGCCCACCUCCUUUCCAGUCUAGACCACAGACAGUCCAGCCUCACCCAGGGCCACCGGUGGAACUGCCCUCGGAAAACCUCGACAACACGGGUCACAUAUCUCCGCAUGGAAGCAAUGAGCCCAAGUUCGAUGCCCAUGGCAACGUCUGGAUUCCGCAGGUGAGCAUGAUGCAAGUCCCGGACCAAGGCCCUUCUCCUGGGAGUCCACACUACGAUGGCACGAUGGGAUCUAACUCAACCAAGACUGAGCCCGGAUACUUUCCACCUGGCACACCACAUGAACUGGCGACCGACAGACGGACACCACAGGUCCCGGGAGAACCGGCCCAUCAGACAUACUACCACCCAUAA